CUAUGGCGGGUCAUGGCUUUUAAAGGCCUCCAUUCCUAUUUCCUACCUCUCCGAGUUAUUUAAUUGAAGUGCACUCAACGUUCUCCAUUGAAGCGUUCUCCGUCAAAUCUAAUUCUUGGAUACCCCAUUGAAGCAGCUUCUAAGGUAAGUUGUUGUUGUUAUCAUCAUAUCAAUUCACAAUCUAGGGUUUUAAGGUUUAGUGAGAGUGAAAAAAAAUGAAGAAGACUGAAGCUGUGCACUGAUAGAUCCUUAGAGAAGCUAAUCCUUCAUCAGUUUGAAUUUCCUUCAUCUUUGAUUUUUGUUUGUAAUUUUUCCAUGAUAAAUUAAAUGGAGUCAUAAUCAUAUUUUGAGUGUAUAAAAAGUUAGAAUUUAUUGAUGGCAAACUAUAUCUAUCAUUUUGCGAAUCAAAACGGAUUAGAAAGAAAUACUUUGUAUUGAGUUGGUGGACUAGGCUUCCUAUAUAUCUUAAACUUAAGGCCCUAAAUAUCUGAACAUCUCCUCGACUUGGCAUUCUUGAAAUUAAUUUGGUUCAUUUUAUACUUUUUUAGUGUUUCACAAUUAUCAUGGUUGGUGUCAACUGUCAAAGAGUCAAAGAUGAAUUAAGUUUAAAAUUUGUAUAUUAGCAUUUUAGGAUUUCUAUUAACUUUGCUAGAUUUGUUUCUGCACUCAAGAUAGGAUGUCUGUGGUUCAGAGUUGUCAACUCUGCUCUACAAGUUAUAUUGACUCAUUUCUGAGCUCGUUCUCCAAGUUUCAAGGUGUUCCUAUGCCACUACUUAGGUACAAUUACACUGGUACUUUUGGUAGACGCAAUUAUUGCUCAACCCAGAAUUUUAUUCGGUCAUGUUCAAUCAAUGAGCAGGACUUACCUAGGACUUCGAGUUUUCUGCUUAGUAAAUAUAAAAAUCAGGGAUCCUCUAGUCAAGCAUCCUUUUCCAGGUCAAACAGAACUGAUGAGAAUUCCAUCCAUACAUCAUUUUCUCAGUCAAAUAGUGAUGAAAAAUCAUCAAGUGCUUGGUUAGAGAAGUGGAAGGAAACCCGCCAAAGAAAUUCUCCCAAAUCACCCCAACUUGCAUUGAACUAUAGAAGCAGGGAUAAUAUGUUGAAUUCGUUUAGUUCUAGCAGUGACUCAUCUAGUACUCAUACCAGUGGUAGUACUAUGGAUAGGAUAGUAAAAAAAUUGAAAAAGUUUGGCUAUUUGGAUGAUGCCAAUGAAAAUGAUGAUAACCAAGAAAGGAUGAUUGAGAAAGGGUCAGUUGAGGAUAUAUUCUAUGUAGAAGAAGGAAUGCUCCCUAAUACACAUGGUGAGUUUUCUGAGAAUUUCUCAUUAGGGAUAGAGCAAGGUUUUGACAAUGAGGACGACGUACGAUUCCCAUGGGAGAAACCUGCUGCAAAACCUGAGGAAGCUAAUUCAGUCAUAAAGAGAAGCAGGACUUAUAUGGCUGAGCUUACUCUACCAGAGUCUGAGAGAAGGAGGUUAAUGCAAUUGACUUUAAACACGAAGCAAAAAGUGAAGAUAGGUGGUGGAGGCGUUACACAAGCAGUGGUUGAUCGCAUCCAUGAGAAGUGGAAAUCUGCAGAAAUAGUGAGAUUGAAAGUAGAGGGCCCUCCUGCACUAAAUAUGAAACGUAUGCAUGAGAUUCUUGAGAGGAAAACUGGUGGUCUUGUUAUUUGGAGGUCAGGGACAUCUGUAUCUCUAUAUCGAGGAGUGAGCUAUGAAGUUUCUGGGCGUACAUCUAAGAUCCAUGGAACUCAGGUUGCUGGCCGAUUGUUGCUUGAUCAGAAUCUUACAAAACCUUCACAAAAUGAUUCUUAUGACAGUAAACAUUCUCCAGAAGAGGGCCUCCACAGAAAUGAUGUCGAUAAAAAAGAUUCUGAAUCUUUAACUAAUGUAAAGUACGAGGAUGAAAUAGACAAGUUGUUAUCUGACCUUGGGCCUAGAUAUGCGGACUGGCCUGGUGAUAACCCAUUGCCUGUUGAUGCUGAUUUGCUCCCAAAUCUAGUUCCUGGCUACCAGCCACCAUUUAGAUUGCUCCCGUAUGGAUUCAGACGUACUCUUGGAAUGAAAGAGUCUACAUCGUUAAGAAGGAUUGCUAGAACACUUCCCCCUCAUUUUGCUUUAGGCAGAAGUAGGCAACUAGAAGGUUUGGCAGCCGCCAUUGUUAAGUUAUGGGAAAGAAGUUCCAUUGCAAAGGUAGCGCUGAAGCGUGGUGUUCAGCUUACUACAAGUGAGAAAAUGGCUGAGGAGAUUAAGAGGUUGACUGGGGGAGUAAUGCUUUCCAGAAACAAGGAUUUCAUGGUAUUUUACAGGGGCAAGGACUUUUUAUCAUCAGAUGUCACUGAAGCUUUACUAGAAAGGGAGAGAUUGGCGAAGGACCUUCAGGAUGAAGAGGAGCUGGCACGAACAAGAGCCUCAGGCUCAUUUAUACCUUCUGUUGGAACUGGGGAACAUUAUGGAGCUGCUGGUACACUCUCUGAAACUUUGGAUGCUAAUACUAAGUGGGGGAAGAGACUUGAUGGUCACGAGGCAGAAAAGGUGCUGAGACAAGCAGAAGUAAUGAGGCAUGCCAAACUUGUCAGGAAGCUAGAAGGGAAGCUUGCUUUUGCUGAACGGAAGCUGAUGAAAGCUGAAAAAACUUUGUCAAAAGUGGAGGAAUUCUUGAAACCAACAGAUCAACAGGUGGAUUCUGGGAGUAUUACUGAUGAAGAGAGAUUUAUGUUUAGAAAGCUUGGUUUGAGAAUGAAAGCGUUUUUACUUCUUGGUAGGCGUGGAGUUUUUGAUGGUACAGUUGAGAACAUGCAUUUGCAUUGGAAAUACCGUGAGCUAGUUAAGAUCAUUUUGAAGGCAAAGAAUUUUGAAGAAGUUAAAAACAUUGCUUUAGCACUUGAAGCUGAGAGUGGAGGCAUCUUGGUUUCAGUUGACAAAGUCUCCAAAGGCUAUGCUAUCAUAGUUUUCCGAGGAAAAGAUUAUAAGCGUCCUCCUACAUUGAGGCCAAAGAACCUCUUGACUAAGAGGAAGGCUUUAGCACGUUCUAUUGAGCUGCAAAGGCGUGAGGCUCUUUUGAAGCAUAUUGCACAGUUGCGGCGGAAUGCAGAGAAACUAAAAUCUGAAAUCGAACACAUGGAUGUCAUGGAAGAGGAACACCAAAAAGAAGUGUUUUAUGAUAGAUUAGAUGCUGCGUAUUCCACGGAAGAUGAGGAGGAAGAAGAUGAAGCAUACCUAACAACCUACCGUGAUGAAGGUGACGAUGGUGAAACUGAGAGCUCUGAUAGUCUCACUCUGUAAAUACGAAUAUCAGUUUCAGAACAAUAAAGCAGCAACAUUGCGACAAAAAAGGUGGGAUAAGAUGAAACAACUGGCACACUUGACAAGGGAGGAGUGAUCAUGAAGGCGAGCAUUCGCUGCCUCUUUCUUCUAUGAGUUGUGAGGCGAGUGUUAAAGCGUGAUGUCUCCUGUAAAGCUGCAUCACAAAGAGGGUUGUAAAUAAUUUUGAAAUUGUAAGGAUGGAUAUUAAGUUCAGACACAAAAGUAGUGUACAGAGACGAGUAGCAUAGGAGUAUUUUUUUUUAUUUUUUUUUAUGGGAAGCUGUUGGUAACUUUAGUAUUAUUUUAACUGUUUAUUUGUUUAAGGGUAUGACAAUUAAUCAAUUGUUAAUAUAA